AUGGACUCACGCUGGGCUCUCACAGAAGAAUGGUCCAAAGAGCAGGGCAAAUUCACCAUUUGGGACCAGGAAUCCGACGACGCUGAAGCCCAAUUCAUUUACAUCACGCCAACCACCGAAGAUGACGCAAGCCUCGAGAAAGACACCGCGGUUUCUCACAUAGGACGCCGACAAGAGCUCGAGCCAGGCAUUUCGCCAGAACAAGCAGACUUCGACGAUGUCAAAAGACCUUACAGGUGCGACGAGUCGAAUCUCGCACCGGUCGAAGUAUGCAAGAUCCUCCUAUGGGAAGUUCAGCCUGCUCUGGCACGCUACACGACAAAAAAGAAGCCGCGUCGGUACUGCCUUGACCACGAGAAAGGCAAGUGCUGCAUCGGCCACCGAAUAGGCCCCGCGCAGAGGGCAAAUAUCAGACAAGGAACAUUUCCACGAUUGGGCGAGGCCUUGACUAAGCUUAUCUACUUCUGUACGAAUACGAAUAGGAUGAAUGGCAUGACUUCGGGCGAAUGUAGGGUGACAGUGUAUGGUAUUGAUGGUACUGCGUGGGUUGAUAAUGGCUUUAUCGCCGACCCAGUGAAGGAUACCUAG